AUGCAGGGAGCUGCCACCGCCCCCGCGCCUCCCGCGGCCGAGCCGCCAGCUUCCCAGCAAAUCAAAACAGAAGUCAUCAGUGAGGCAAAAGUCGAGACGGAGGGACAGCAAGACGAAAAAAUGAAGUUGGAAAACGAGCCUCGUGCUGUUCGCACCACUAGCAUCGACAGUGAUAAUAGAUCAGAUCGCAGUGAAGAAGAAGAUUCCAGAAGGGCACGGAAAAGAGCAGCGUCAACGUCCCCAUCACCUAUUCCAUUAGACAAAAGAACAGCUCGCUUUGAGUGUCCAAAAUGCCUACAUCGGUUUGAUUCAGCAAACGCUUUUGACAUUCAUCGGUUCACAGCGCAUGGAGAUGAAACUAGAAGUGGUUAUGAUGAUCUUACUAUUGUCGAUUUCUCAGGCAAAAAAUUCCCGGAGAUAGCGCGAGGAGUUUGUGAACGCAACACUCAUAUUUCCAUUGCAGAGCAGCGUUAUAAAUGUGAUUUUUGCUCGCGAGAGUUCCCCUGUGGUCAAGCCUUGGAUAUGCAUAGAAAAUCCUGUUCUAAUUCCGCAAAACUUACCAGUCCAGAAAGAGAGCGUAGGGAAGACUUCUUUGCAAAACUAGAUCUAAGGAACAAGUCUUUUGGUAUUCCGGGUACUUUGACACCACCUAUGGAGAGAUUUACACCUAAAUUCGAUGACGCACAUUUAGGUGGAAACGGUAUUAGGCAUAUUGAUACCGCUAGGGACUUAGCUGAUAUCCAGUCAAUCUUAAACGUCACGUCAGCUGGUAGUUUACUAGAAAGGCUAACUGGGACUCGGGUCGCUUUAGAAAAUUCUGUACUUACACCUCCUGAUACAAUAGUAAAGGAACGUGAACAAGAAGAAACACAGGACAACUUUGCAGCAGAAUUCAGAAGAAUGAAGCUGCGUGGUGAAUUUCCAUGUCGAUUAUGUCCAGCAAAGUUUCCCAAUCUCAGAGCAUUAAAAGGACAUAACAGAGUACAUCUCAGUGGAACUGGGCCCGGUCCUUAUCAGUGCAACAUGUGCCCUCAUGCGUCUUUGGACAAGGCAGCUUUAGUUCGCCAUAUGCGAACUCAUAACGGAGACCGUCCUUAUGAAUGCGCGGUUUGCAAUUAUGCGUUUACCACUAAAGCUAACUGUGAGCGUCACUUACGUAAUCGCCACGCUAAAGUAACUAGAGAAGAUGUCAAACGCUCUAUUAUUUACCAUCCAUCAGAAGACCCAAAUAAUGAUGAAGUUAAUUCAAAGCUUGCUCGAGAAGAAGUAAAAAGAUCGCUCGCGUUUCACGCACCUGAAAUUGAACGGCGCAAUGAAUCUACUGGUCGUGACACUCCAUUAACACACUACAGUCCGAGUUUCAUCAAUGACAGACACCCAGUAACUUCUUUAGUGACUAAAGCAUUGCCAGAUUCACCCACUCUGACACCAAGGGAAUCUGAACAAUCUCUACCUAGAAUCAAAGUUAAGGGUAUUGGACAGUUGACGCAAAUACCUGAAUUCAGGCAACCAGAGGCUACAUUUAAAACUAAUGACAUUCCACCAGAACCUUACGAUGAAGACGCCCCCGUUGAUCUCAGUACAAGUGACAAUAAUAGCUGCGAUGUCCUCGAUCUCAGUAAGAAAAAACGUGACAUAGAUGAAGAUCAACCUAAAUCAAUUCCUCAACCAGCGUUUGAGGCAAACUCUGCUACAGCUGCAGCAUCAGCAGCAGCCACAGCGUUUGAAAAGACGAGAUUUCUUCUAGCCCAACAAAGACUAUUUGAGUCGUCUCUUCCAAAACUUGAUCCCGCUUAUUACGCAACUCAGCUAUCUCAACUAUACGCUGGUACUGUUCCCGGACUUGCUGGCCUACCUCUUCCGCCAUCUGCGUUUCCAAUCAAUCCUUACUUUCUUCAGACAUCGUUUUUUCCUCACCCAACUGAUUCACAGGAACUUGCCGAAAUAAAACAGCGUAUACAAAAAGAAAUAAUACGCGGUCUUAGCAUGUCAGGAGGGCGAUUAGUCAAUGGUGACCAGGAAAUUCAACCCAAACAAGAACCUGAAGAAGAAGACAACAAAUCUCUCCCUCGAACUGCUUCUCCUACUCCACCUCCACGUACUGAAUCUCCACGCCCUUUAAGCAAUAAUAUCGUGCCUCAGAACGAUUCUGUUAAGAUGGUCAUUAAGAAUGGUAUUCUCAUGCCAAAGCAAAAACAAAGGCGCUAUCGCACCGAAAGGCCAUUUUCAUGUUCUCAAUGUUCAGCCAGGUUUACUUUACGCUCAAACAUGGAACGUCAUGUAAAACAGCAGCAUCCACAGCAUUGGAGCGUUCGAAGACCAACACCGAGAGCUGCUCCACCAUAUCCCACUCCAGAUAACUUGGCUGAUCGCGUAAAAUUUGCCCUCCUUGCUCGACAUCUUGAAAGACCGUUACAACAAAAUGAUCGUUCUCCAAUCCGUAGAGAUUCAGACGAAGUUGCUGACAAUGAGGAAGACGAGGACGAUACUUUAGUCAUUGAUGAAGAACCGGAAACAGACGUGAAGUCUUCAGAGCAUACCGCAGCGCACAAGGCUGCUGCGGAAAUUUUAAUGGCCACACGCCAACAAGAACUUCACAAAGAUUUCGAUCUUAAAAUAGCUGGCAACCUAAUCAACAAACCUGUACCCAUUACCACCGAUAAAACAGAAACUGGAACGGACCCUAUUCAAAUUUCUGAACCUGUGACUGUCCCAACGCGCAGCGAUGAAGAGGAAGACGAGGAAGGCCUUGUCGCAUCAACAAGCGAAGGCAAUAAUUCUGGAAGCGAUGAAAAUAAAUCGGAAUCAGACACAACUCAACCGCCCAAGAAAAAAUCGGCAUACAGCCUGGCCCCAAAUCGCGUCUCCUGCCCGUAUUGCCAUCGGAAAUUUCCCUGGUCCUCCUCACUCCGUCGCCACGUUCUAACACACACCGGCCAAAAGCCUUUUAAAUGUCCGCACUGUCCACUCCUUUUCACCACAAAAUCCAACUGUGACCGUCACCUCUUACGAAAGCAUGGCGGCUCCGCAAGGGCUAUCUUAGCAGAACCCAUUUCAGACACCAUCUCUGUACCUCAAAAUACAAAUGAAAUUAGAACGGUCCCAGAAAGACCUUUUAAAUGCGCCUCAUGUCCCACUAGCACGUUUUCGUCCAUGGAAACCCUGAAAAAACAUAUGUCAUCGCGUCAUGCGACAAGUGACUCCCAACCCGGGUCUCCAAACCCUGAAGGAAAUGAGGAAGCACCGGAUGGUCUAGUCUUCAAGUGCCAUCUUUGUGAGGGAUCUUUUGGGGACAGAAGCAGUGCUCUAGGACAUUUGGCAGCUAAUCACGCUGCAGAAUACGAACAAUUAGUCAGCAAAGGGGCGCUAGAUGGUACGAGCGACCGAAGCGAAAGCGCAGAUGAUGACGAAAGGGGAAAAUUUCCUGAUCAUGCCAAUAGAAAGGUGGUAUGCGCCUUCUGCAUCCGUCGCUUCUGGUCUGCGGAGGAUCUUCGCCGUCACAUGAGGACGCACUCCGGAGAAAGACCUUUCGCCUGCGACCUUUGUCGACGACGUUUCACGUUGAAGCACAGCAUGCUACGUCAUCGCAAGAAGCAUCGCGAUGAAAUCACCGAUGAUGAAGAAGCUACACCGCCUAACACGCCGCUAGAACCUGAGAACGUAACAAACGGAUACCGCUACCAAGAGGAUGACGGAUCGGGCAAUGAGAUACCUUGCAACGUUAACAACAACAACUCUCCACCAUCCGCCCCUUACGACAAGAAGCUGAAGCUCGAAAUGACAUCACGAAAGUACUCAUCAGAAGCCGAAAAUGACGCUGAAAAUGGUGGCGAUCUGAUCGGUAAACUCCUUGGUAUACCGGACAAGACUAUCAUAAACAAACUUCUUUCCUCCGCGGACGAGGCGGCGAAAUUCCUCGGGGUGAACAAAUGA